AUGGCGUCACGCCCUCCAGUCGGUGUGGUAGACUUUGUAUCCCAACUCAAUUCUGCUUUAAUCCAUGACCCUCCCGGUCCAUCAAACGCAGAAUCUCGACUCUCGCGAUCGCCUGAGCAGCCAGACGAAGAAGUGGAUGAUACUGCCGAGAAUCGCAGAUCUCGCCGUGAAAAACCGCGAAUUGAGCUUGCCGCAGAUCAACCACUUACCACACAGGGUAAGCCACGUGCUCGAGUUUACGUUGCUUGCCUUCAGUGUCGAACACGUAAAAUACGUUGUGACGGUGCGAAACCGCAAUGUCACAAUUGUAGUCGUCGUUCCAAGAAUGGAGAUGAUUGUUCAUACGAUGCAGUGCCGAAACGUCGGGGUCCCGACAAGACACCUGGUGCCCGACAGCGAAUGGCUCGGGAUGCUCGUGUUGGAAGUGAGGGCGACGUUGCUGCGUCCCGUCGACGGCGGAGGAACCGGCGGGACGUGUCCGCGACCAAUACCAUUUCGGACCAAACUGCUAAUACCGAUUUAGAGAGCGAUCAACCCCAAGCAGAAUCCCUCAUCUCCUUUCCGAACAUCCCCCCACCAGUCAUCGACCCGCAGCUGACAGCCAUGUCUCCUUUUUCGACAGAAGCUUCAGUGGGAUCGCACUCGUUUCAGCCCUUACCCCUGAAUAUGCUCACUGAUGCGGAAACAAACAAUGAUUUCGGUUUUUCAACUCAGUUGGAUUUUCAGGUAUUUGAGUCAUAUGGCCACAGUCCACCUCGGGCAUUCAUCACUUCACUGGACCAUGAAACCAGUGAGACUUCAGACGAAUCAUUAAAUAUUAUACGGGAACCAUCUCUUGAUUUCACCCGUAAAACAUGGUGGGAUUCACUUCUUGCCAUGUACACUUCCUCAUCAUCAUACCUUCCUUCCCUUACUCUGACACAACGUCAUCGCGCUACAGACUUAGUUACUGCAGACGUUCGAUUUUUACUCCGUGGCUCUAAUUAUUGGUUCAACUUUAUUAAUGUCCCUCAGUUUCUUGGGAGGUACUUUGAUCCCGUAAGGAGGGAGCGGACGCAACCUGCGCUACUUCCGGCUGCUCUUGCUAUUGCUGCAUUUCUUCAGAGUUCUGAAGCGGGCAAUGGGAAGGAAGGGAGAGACAGAGCUGUCAGGUUAAGAGAUGUCGCGCAAGGUUAUCUUGAGGCGAGCCUUAAUGCUCGGUGGAUAGAUGAUUCACUCGCUCAAGCCGCCUGGCUUCUGGCGUUUUUCGAAAUCUGUCCACAUCCUCAGCACAGCCCAGAGCGGGCGUUGUCAGCAAUGUUCAUGCUUGACAUGAUCAUACGCAGCCUGGGACUGACCUUUCUUGAUAUUGACAGUCCACACUCUGCCAAGUUCUCUCCUCUAUCUGUGCCCACGAUUACACCCCAUACGUGGGUUUCCCCUCGGCAGGUCGUAUACCCAGCCGACAAUUUACUCGCCACUCUUAAUGACACUCAGUCACGACAUUCUUUACAAGGUUGCUCCUGCUCUUCUAUGACGCUCGGGCAGCGUUGGUCACGCGCCUACGAGUACACGCCACUUUGGGUUACUACCCCUGCGUGGGAUGAUAAUUGGUCAGAGACUGAGGUCCGGAAAGAGGGGUGCCGCCGGUUAUGCUGGAGCGCGCUUUCCUUAAUCGCCGGCCAUACAUCAUACGUCACUUCUAGGAAACUGAGUCCUGCGGAACUUUUCCUCGGGGAGCCUGCGAAUUAUGCGCUGCUUUUUCCUGGAGAGGCACUAGGAUUAUCAAGCAUGACAUCCGAUCAUUCGGGCAAAGACACCAUGUGGGCAUUAAUUCACCGAACGAUGCUUCUCUGGCACAGCUGCCUGCAGAUGAGACGCACCUCAAGUCUAAACGAAGCAGAGAUGGCUCGUUUUGAACUGAAUGCCUGGCUAGAAGCAGACGCGCUGGAAAAAGCGCUUGAUGCGCAUACCUGUGGCUUGGAGAGGACUUUUUUGUUUCAAGGUCGGGAGUUUUUAUUCAACGUUCGCAUGACGGUGUCUCACGAAUUCAAACGGUUUGUCCCUCUUGCUACUGUGAAUGCCAAUGGACUCUUCCACCGGACAAAAGCCGAAGAAUGGCUAUCCCACCAGGCUAAUGUUGCUCAGCGUGUGGUGCUUGGAAUGAGCGCAGUGACCGGCAAUGCUACUCACUCCCUCAUGCACAGGCCAUUCUUCGUUUUCUGGUUCUUGAGUCAGAUCGGCAGGGCACUUACUCUGUGGGAUUGCGACAAUACACUGACCCUUGCUCUUGAUGUUUGUACGGCCUUCUUCAAACCCAUAGAUUACCUAAACGCCCUAUGGCCAUCCAAAGGUAUGAUUUGA